GAGAAGUCUGAAAAAUGAUUUUCGUACUAUUAUUGUGUUUUAUGGUUUGUUUAGUGUUUCUAUAUGACUACUACAAACGAACACGUGGCCAUCGCUGGGAAAAGUUAAGUGAAUUCCCCGGAGACACCCCUUUACCGAUAUUUGGAAAUGGUUUACAACUUGGAUUUGAUGCGGACGAGUCCGCACAUAAAUUAUUAGCGAUGUGGGAAAAACAUGGGAAGCAGAAUAUACGUUUGUCUCUUGGCUCCGAAGAUUGGAUUUUGUUAACAGACCCUGAUGACAUUGGAACAAUUCUAAAUCACUCAACUGAAAUUUCGAAAACGCUAGAGAGAAAUAUGGCAAUGAAACCUUUCUUUGGAAAUUCUGUGUCAACUUCAGAAGGGGAACGGUGGAAAUCGACCCGUAAACUGAUGGCUCCAAGUUUCAAUUUUAAUACAUUAGAAGCGAAAAUUGAUGAUGUUAACAAAUACUGCGACCGCCUCUUCGAAAUCUUUGACACUUAUGAUGGAAACGGCCACGUGGAAUUGUAUCGUUAUCUGAGGCCUUUUAUGUACGACAUUUUGUGCAAGAGCUUAAUGGGUGUCGAAACUAAUUUAUUGGCUGAUCCUGAUGACCCUUACUUAAAGGCUAGUGGAAAAGUUAUUAAAAUAGUAACCGACAAUUACUUCUCUUACUGGAGGAAUAUUCGCAUCCUGUUUAUGAUGACGUCACAUUACACGGAAAUGAUGCAUACUAUCAAGACAAUCAAACAAAAUAGCACAAAUAUCAUUUUAUCAAGACGAAAAAUCCUUAAUAGCAUCAUUGAAAAAACUCGAAACAACAACAAAAAUGUUGAUAUAGAUCUCGAAAAGAUAAUUGAAAGUAAACUUUAUGAUAGUGGAUGUUUGCUGGACAAGUUGAUAUUCAGCAAAUCGUCGAAUGGAGAGUCAACGUCGGAUGAUAUCAUUAAUGAAGAAAUUACUCUACUCUGUUUCACAGGUCAUUACACCACAACCGCAACAAUCAGUCACACGCUGUAUUGCUUAGCAAAGUAUCCAGAAAUACAGAAUCGUGUGCUAGAAGAGCAGAGAUCUCUUUUCAACAAAAAUAUGCAUAAAAAACCAACGGCUCAGGAUCUCAAUCAAAUGAAGUACCUCGAAGCGGUGAUCAAAGAGAGCAUUCGAGUUUUACCGACAGUUACAAAAAUUGGAAGGCAAUUACAAAAUGAUCUCACAUUUAAAGAUGGUCGAGUCGCCCCCGCCGGCAGUUCUGUCAUAGUUUUCUACGAAGCCGCAUUUAAGAAUCCAACUGUAUUCCCAGAACCAGAAAAAUUCAAUCCGGAUCGGUUUUUGGACUCAAUGCAUACAUUUGCUUUUGUGCCUUUUAGUGCUGGACCUAGAAACUGCAUAGGGUUCCGUUUUGCCUGGGUUGCAAUGAAGGCGACUAUUUCGAAUAUUUUAAAAAGAUACGAAGUUAUGCUUGGUGAUGCUGGUACGGAACCACAAUUCGUCAGUCGAAUUACGACAGAAUCUAAAAAUGGUAUACUUCUUAAACUUAAAAAGAGAAAUUAUUAAGGAGAGGAAUUUUAAGGAAAGUACUGAAAAUGUGAUAAUAUAAAA